CCCGUAUACACCGCGGGCGCGCACUUACAGCUGUCAACAUUGUUUGAUAAUAGGUUACAAAAGUUAACUUUUCGAAUCCAUAUCUUUUUUGCGUUAAAAAUGUCUAAAUCAUCUUUUUAAAAUGAGGGCUAUUGAAUUUGAAAACAUACGCGUUGCGUUCUUGUUAUAAAACGGUGGCCAACUGGAUUUGCAGAACUUGCUGUCAAAAAGUACGCGAACAUUUUGUGGCGUGAAUUUUGCAUAAUGUUCUCACAUGAUGUAUGAAGAUGAUAACAUUACCUCUACUCCUAAGCGUUGCGCGCUUACCGAAGUAACGAACUCUGGUAGUUACGUGUCUCCGACAGCUAACCUCAAGCUUCUGACCAAUGUCGCACUACAAUACCCCACGCCCCCGCCUAGCGUUGUCCACCGCAAAGAGAAGUCUCUGCAGAUUCUAUGUGACAGGUUCCUUGAUUUAUACCCUCUUCGUGGAAAUGGCACUUUGGAAAUACAGCUGGACAGUACUGCAGCGCGGCUAGGAGUCGAAAAGAGACGAAUGUACGACAUUAUCAAUAUCCUAGAAGCUAUGCAAUGUGCUGUUCACAAGAGAAAAAAUACGUACCUCUGGCAUGGAGGCUCAAGACUGAAUUCCUUUCUCAAAAUGCUAAAAAAGCAAGGAGAGAAUUUAAGAUUGUCUGAGGCACUUCGAGGAAGAGCACCAAAACCCCCAGCUCCAAAACACAAAACUCUUGGUGUGUUGGCACAAAGGUUUUUGAUGUUGUUUUUAGUGGAGAAACCAAACACCCUCAUUAACUUAGAGAUGGCAGUUGGUGUCCUGAUAGACACAGCCAAUAAGAACAAAACAGUUCUCUCUCCAGAGCAGCAGGAUCGCCAACACAAAUCCAAAGUGCGGCGACUAUAUGAUAUUGCUAAUGUUUUAAUUUCAAUUGGUCUCAUAGAAAAAGUAUCUGGUAAUUUAAUAUUAAAGAAGCCUGUGUUCCGCUAUGUGGGACCUUUAAAGAUGAAAAGGGCUGAAAAAAUGGUGGUGGAAGCUACUCCUUCUCCAAUUAUGCCUCUUUCUGUAGUGGACAGCCAGGACUGUGUUACACCUUGCCAUGCAUUUGCUGUAAAGUCUAAACGAAAGUUGGAGUUUACAUCCCCGUCACCAAGCUCCAGUAAAGCACUCAAAUUGUACGUAUCCACUCCACCUGACACUCCGUCGCAAAAGUGGGAUGAGAUUCUACUUGUUGCCGACAUGGAACUGAAUAAAAUUAACAAUGGCAAUUGUUGUGAUUUUAUUAUAACUUAAAUAUUUGUAAUGUAUUAAUGAAUUCAUAUUUUAGACAGAUUUUUCUAUACUCGAGUCUUCCAGGGGAUGUUAUAAAUGUCUGAAGACUUAAAACAUAUUCUUAUAUGUUCCUAUAUUUAAAUUUUAUGGACUUGUUAAUCAGAGUAGAUGUUUAUCUUGUCACAUACAAUACAUAGUGCAAUUAUAAAGUUUAGUGAAUUGUUCGAACAGAAAAGAAAUUCAAAAUUUUUAAUGGGAAGCAUAAUACUUAUUUAUUUUA